AUGCACCGUGGCCGGUCCCUCUCUGUGACAUCCCUGGGGGGGCUUCCUCAGUGGGAGCUACCCCAGCUGCCCGUGGAGGAGUUACUGCUGUUUGAAGUCUCCUGGGAAGUAACGAAUAAAGUGGGUGGCAUCUACACGGUGAUCCAGACCAAGGCCAAGACCACGGCGGAUGAGUGGGGAGAGAAUUACUUCCUGAUCGGCCCGUACUUUGAGCACAACAUGAAGACCCAGGUCGAGGCCUGUGAACCCCUCAACGAGGCGGUCCGGGGAGCCGUGGAGACCAUGAACAAGCAUGGCUGCCAGGUGCGCUUCGGCCGCUGGCUGGUGGAGGGCAGCCCGUGCGUGGUGCUCUUCGACCUGGGCUCGUCCGCCUGGAACCUGGACCGCUGGCGCGGCGACCUGUGGGAGGCGUGCGGCGUGGGGCUCCCGCAGCACGACGCCGAGGCGGGCGACGUGCUCAUCUUCGGCUCGCUCACCGCCUGGUUCCUGCAGGAGGUGACGGAGCGCGCGGCCCGCCCCGUCGUGGCGCACUUCCACGAGUGGCAGGCGGGCGCGGGGCUGGUGCUCUGCCGCGCGCGGCGGCUGCGGCUGGGCUCGGUGUUCACCACGCACGCCACGCUGCUGGGCCGGCACCUGUGCGCCGCCAGCGCCGACUUCUACAACCGCCUGCGCCAGUUCGACGUGGACAAGGAGGCCGGGGAGAGGCAGAUCUACCACCGGUACUGCAUCGAGCGGGCCUCCGUCCACUGCGCCCACGUCUUCACCACCGUGUCCGACAUCACCGCCACCGAGGCCGAGCACAUCCUGAAGCGGAAGCCGGACGUAGUGACGCCCAAUGGCUUGAGUGUGAAGAGGUUUUCAGCCGUGCACGAGUUUCAAAACCUACACGCCAUGUACAAGGCCCGGAUCCAAGACUUCGUGCGAGGUCAUUUCUAUGGUCAUCUGGACUUCGAUCUCGAGAAGACUUUAUUCCUCUUCAUUGCCGGGCGGUACGAGUUCUCCAACAAAGGGGCCGACAUCUUGCUAGAAUCUUUAUCCAGGCUCAAUUUUCUCCUCAAGCUGCAUAAAAGCAACGUCACAGUCGUGGUGUUCUUCAUCAUGCCCGCCAAGACCAACAACUUCAACGUGGAGACACUAAGAGGACAAGCCGUGAGGAAGCAGCUAUGGGACACGGCGCACACCAUGAAGGAGAAGUUUGGAAAGAAGCUGUACGACGCGCUGCUGAGAGGAGAGAUUCCUGAUAUGGAGACCAUUUUGGAUCGAGAUGACCUGACCAUCAUGAAAAGGGCCAUCUUUUCAACUCAGCGCCAGUCCCUGCCGCCGGUGACCACGCACAACAUGAUGGACGACGCCUCGGACCCCAUCCUCAGCACCAUCCGCAGGCUCGGCCUCUUCAACCACCGCGCCGACCGCGUGAAGGUGAUUCUGCACCCCGAGUUCCUGUCUUCCACCAGCCCCUUGCUGCCCAUGGACUACGAGGAGUUUGUGCGGGGCUGCCAUCUGGGGGUGUUCCCCUCCUACUACGAGCCCUGGGGGUACACUCCCGCCGAGUGCACGGUGAUGGGCAUUCCCAGCGUGACCACCAACCUCUCCGGCUUCGGCUGCUUCAUUCAGGAGCACGUGGCCGACCCGGCUGCCUACGGCAUCUACAUCGUGGACCGGCGCUUCCGCUCCCCGGACGAGUCCUGCAACCAGCUCACCCAGUUUCUCUACGGGUUCUGCAAACAGUCCAAGCGGCAGCGCAUCAUGCAGAGAAACCGCACGGAGAGGCUGAGCGACCUGCUGCACUGGAGACACCUGGGCAGGUAUUACCAGCACGCACGGUACCUGGCCUUAAGCAGGGCAUUUCCUGAGCAGUUCCAAAUGGAACCCACGUCACCGCCAGCGAUGGAAGGAUUUAAAUUCCCCAGACCUCCCUCGGUACCACCUUCCCCAUCCGCUUCCCAGGCCUCGAGCCCGGUCAGCAGUGAGGCCGAAGAGGAAGACGAGGAGGAUGAGAGGUACAACGAGGAGGAGGAAGCAGAGAGAGACCGCGUCAAUAUUAGGUCACCGUUCCCGCCCAGCAAUGGGCCUCGAAGGAAGAAAUAAUAAUGCGAUGCACAACAGUAGCUCCCGC